AUGGGGGGAAGCCGCCACCGGAGGCUCCGCCCCGCCACACCAAAGUACGAGUUGGAUGCUUUUGAGUUCUUCAGUACUUGGGACUUCCUCCAAGAGAGGCUGCCUGACACUUUUAUGAAGAUGUUGGAUGGCCAUCGGCCAAAGAAUGUGAAGCUGCGACAGGCCGGCAGUGGGCUUCGCAGGCAUUGGGACGUGCAGUUGGUGAUCAGGUACGACCACAUGUACCUGUGUCAUGGCUGGGAGCAGUUCUACCAUGCCUACGACCAGCGGCACAGGUACUUCCUUCUCUCCAGGUACGACAGCGACGCCAUGCUCACCGUGAAGGUGUUCAACACGACUAUGUGUCGCAUGUGCUACCAGGACGACGAUGAUGCUAGAGCGGCAACCGAGGUCAAUGUCCUUAAAAAGGCCCUGGCCAAGGCCGAGGAGAGAGCUGCCAAGGAACAAGCCGCUCGGGCGUUUGCAGAUCUGAUGCGCACUGUUUCUGAUGCUACAGAAUUCUUCUGA